AUGGCCCAGGAGGCGCGCGCGGGCGCGCGGGCGCGGAAGCCCAAGAAGCCGCACUACAUCCCGCGGCCCUGGGGCAAGCCCUACAACUACAAGUGCUUCCAGUGCCCCUUCACCUGCCUGGAGAAGUCGCACCUGUACAACCACAUGAAGUACAGCCUGUGCAAGGACUCGCUCUCGCUGCUGCUCGACGCCCCCGACUGGGCCUGCCGCCGCCGCGCCCCCGCCGCAGCCGGGGCCCGAGCAGCGCCGCGCCCCGCGCCCCGGGACGCGCUCCUGGCCCAGCCCUGGACGCCAGCGCCGGGCGGGGACCCGAGGGGGGACGCGGCCCCCUGCUACCCGCCGCCCGGCCCCGCCGCCGCGCCCGAGGCCCAGGGCCUCCGGCUGUCCCUGCUCGGCGCCAGCUACCCUCCAGGCCCGCGGCUCCUCUCCUGCCUGGGGCCCUCGCUGGCGGCCCACGUGCCCCUUCUGGCCCCCGCGGGCCCCCUGCUGCCCGCGGCCGCCGCCUGUCCUGCCCCGCAGCCGCCCGGCCUGUACUACCCGCUGCUCCUGGAGCGCGCGCUGGGGCUGCCCGCCGCGGCGCCCGGCCCUGCCGAGCCCCCACCCCAGGGGCUCCCUGGGGCUCUGGUCCCCGGGCUGGGGGUGCCCUGGCUGCAUGGCGCCCCCAGGCACUCGGGGCAGGAGAGGGCGCUGGAGUGGGCUCCCCAGGGCGACCCCCAGAGGAAGCUGCCCCCGGGAAGCCGGUCACAGCCCCCGAAGCCCCCCGCCAGCGCGGCGAGGCCCGGUCUCCACAGCAGCCCGCCGACCGGUCUCCCCGCGAGGCUCUGGCCAGACGACGACGACGAGGAGCCAGGCGACCCCGAGGCCUCCGCGCCGCCCCCACCGCGGGGCCUGGCGCCGGGCGGCCGCGGGCAGGUGGGCGAGGACCUGACGCGCGCCCUGGGGGACUACGCCCGGCUGGAGCAGCGCCUGGGGCAGCUGGGGCCCGCCCGGGGCCCGGCCCCGCGUCCCCUGCGGGAGCAGCUGGGCAAGAUCCGCCGCGAGCUGCGCUCCAUCCACCAGGCGCUGGAACUGGCCGCGCGGCCGCCGGACACGCCCCUCGACCUCUCCGUGAGGCGCGGAGCCCCAAAGGGGCCAGAGGGGGCCCCUGAGCCGCCUGGCCUGCUGCACCCCGAGGCGCCGGAGCCCCUUCGCGGACGCACCACCAAGUGUGAGGCCGACUCCAGCGUCCCGCCCCCGGGCCUCCCGCUCCCGGCCCCCGAGGGGCCUGUCCUGCCUGGCGGCUGGACCCCCGAGGCUGGCCCUGACCCGCGGAGCCCCCCCGGAGCCAACGGCUGA